UGUUAACCCCGCACUUUUUCAUGGCUACACGCGAUCAUCGAGGCACAAGAGUACCAGCAACUGAAAUGCCUGCCCAAAUGAAAUACGGCCUGUGGUAUAAUCGCCGCACAAGCCAGCCAUUGAAAUUUGCCGAGAGCAGCGAAACCGUUGAAGACUUCAAUCAACGGAAAAAUGAAACUUGUGAGAAAAGCGACUAUGUAUCUCCAAUAUUUAAUGGAACGAAUCCACAUCACUGCCCUGGUCCAUAUCGAUUUCUCCGACUUACCGAACCUACAAAACCUAUCACUGAGCGAUGUAAUUCCGUCUCUUUCUCCUCGGGGAGAACCUAUUCAACAGCCAUUUGAAGAUCUGUCGCUGGACCUUCAAAUCCAAAUCUUAGACCGACGCCUACUAGAUGCUUGCAUUGGCACGGAAGCUAUAUGGGCAACUCUAAAUGAACUAGUAGGCAAGCUGACCUCAGAAAUAUCGGAGCAUCCGCCGGACAGCUAUAUUGCUUUCAGGGUCUUCGAUGAUCACAGCCAAGCCCGCUACUUCAGCAAGGGAGAUAUUCGCUGUGGUAAUUGGCAAGAAUUCAACGUCAACGAGCAUUUAACGCGGGUGGGGGCUGAAAACCACAUCCGAGGAGCUCGCAUCUCGACGAACUAUAUAUCCAUAAGCACAUCACCACGGCGUCUCUGGAAUUUUGUUGGCAAGCACAAGUCUACAACCCAGAAAAUCGUGGUCAUCGACUUGCGUGUACUUCAAAGACUUGGCAUUGCCUAUGGUAGCACCACUGAUGACUUGGGGUUCCGUAAUAUCGGGGAUAACAGAACUUAAUAUGCGACAAAGCACCAUAUCUUGGUGGCGGGUUGGAUUCCCAAUCGCAGCAUAUUAGGUUUUCUUUCUAGAGAAAGCUUCAAUGAGUUGCUUAAGGAAGCACGAAUUGACACGUCUGAGGGAGUAGGCGAUAUCCCGCUUAUUGGCUAUGAUAGGAAGAUUCCUUUUAACUUGAUUUGGAGACACUUUGAAUAAGGAAGCGUCUUAUAGGAUCACCCAGUCCGUGUGCUCUAAAUAAAAUUUUACUUUUCUCUC